AUUUCGUAAUACUGAUAUAGAACCUUGUCACGCUUAACUGUAUUUUAACAAGAUUCAGACAGAGGAGAUUCUCAGGCAUGGAACCAGUCACUGUUUUAAAUUUUAUAUUGGUUUUCGUUUCUCUGACUUAUGUUUUAAGCCAGGUUAUACCCUGUGAUAACACUGCAGGAGAAACGUGUUUACUGGCCAAGGGAUUCGAUGACUACCAACUAGCAAAGUGCUCCUCAAAUGAAGAACUGGAGCCUCGGGGAUUCCAGUGCGAGGACAAAUGUACCAAUGCAUGCUGGCAUCUGUGUAUGUUCGAAAAGUUUGGAGAAAAGAAUGGAAGUGUUUCAGAGAAUUGUUCCUGUAAGCCGUAUUUUAGAGAACUGCCUUCCUGGUGUUAUGAGGCCACGGGUCACUGUGACUUUAACCAGAACUGCACUUUCGCCAAAUAUGGCUCCAUUUGUCUGCCAUCCCAUCUGGGCGGCACAGGGAUGGAAACGCCCAUGUUUUACAACAACCUUUGCCCAGUUAUAAACGAUUUCUUCAGAUUUCUUGAUUGUGAAACCAAGAUUUGGCUAGAUGGCUUCAGAAAAUGUCUUCAACAAUAUUUAAUUGAUACAGUCAUUAAGAUUACUACAACAUGUAGUGAUUUGAAGACGAAAGGAGAGGACGCCCUAAACAUUUGUAUACAAACGAGCUACAGUGGUAAAACUUUUUAUGACAUGGAAAAAUCAAAACCAAAGCACACAACAUGCACGACGAAAGAAAUCGAUGACAUCAUAACAGCGCCCUCUGGUGGAAUAACUAUGUUACCUAGCAAUGCUUGUGACGAAGUAUACCCUGGACUUUUUAUAGGAGAAGAGUCUAUUGGAAAAAGUCGAGUCGGUUUACGGGAAAUGGGUAUAACCCAUGUAGUUAACACAGCGAUGGGAAAAGGUCAGUAUUUUGUCAACACGAACCACGUGAUGUUCCAGAAGGUCGGGAUACAGUUCUAUGGAUUUGAAGCCAUGGAUAUGAUGCACGUUCAACUUACACCUUUCUUUCAAAAGUCUGCAGACUUCAUUGAUCAAGGAUUAAAGGAAGGUGGAAAAGUCAUGGUGCAUUGCAAAGUUGGAGCAAGUCGAUCUGCAACAAUAGUGAUAGCGUUUUUGAUGAUGAAGCGUCACAUGACCGUACAAGAAGCGGUGCGCAUGAUCAGAACUAAGCGGGAAAUAGCACCGAAUGAAGGCUUUCUACAACAGUUAUGCGAUUUGAAUGACAAGCUGCAUAAUUCUGGACAUUUCAACAAAGAAUCAAAUGAAGACCAAGGAUAACCAUGGAUACGUGUAUGCUGAUUACUUGUAAAUGUUUGGAUCUUUUGAUACCCGUCUCUAAAAUGGGAAAACAUCACGUUUUUCGUGUGUAUGGUAUCCUAGAUUGUUAAGUGUUUAAUAGUAAAUUCUGAGGUUCUGAGUAAACGAGUAGAAUUAGACCAAGCCUUUUGAUUGAUACCCAGUUUAUGCAAUUUAACCAGGACAGAGGGGAUCUUAGUGUUGUUGUAUUGUGUCGUAAUUUGACUUACAACUUUUGUGCCUCGAUCUGACUGAAAUCAGAUAUUACACUUUUACAACUUUUCUAAAAAAAAAAAUAAAAAUAACCUUUUAUGAAGUGCAAUUUAAAACUGUAUUAUAUUAUGUUUUAUAGUAGAUUUUCAAGAUGUGAGUGUGUGAAGUAAAGAUAUUGUAUUUAUGAAU